CCUUUAAAAACAUUACUCCUAAGUCUCGCUGUUUCUGAUCUUGGUGUUGGUUUGCUUGUUCAUCCUCUCAAUAUUGCACAUCUUAUAAUGAACAAAGAACAGAGCGCUAACAGAAGACUCUAUUAUACGGUACACACAGCGCGGCGCCUUUUCAGCUAUUUAAUGUGUACUGCUUCAUUCUUGGGCAUCAUUGCUUUAACUGUCGACAGAUUCUUAGCUAUUCAUCUUCAUCUCAGAUACCAGGAACUUGUGACUCACAGGCGUGUUGUUACUGUAGUAAUUUCAGUCUGGGUGUGCUGUUCAUGUAUUUCCUUAUUUGCGUUAAACAGGGUUUUAGAAAACGUUCUGGUCAUUAUAACUGCAACUAUUGGGGCAGUUUGUCUCACUACAACGGAUUAAUUUACUGCAAGAUAUACUCAAUCGUACGUCACCACACAAAUCAGAUUCACGCCCUGCAAUUGCAACCCGUAGGACAGAAUCAGAAUGGAGAAUUGGCAAAUACUGCAAGACUGAAAAAACUGCACUUGCUACAUUUUACGUGUAUGUGGUGUUUGUGAUUUGUUUUUUGCCCUUCAUAUGCGUUAACGCAGCUUUUGAAAUUUAUGGUAAGUCCGAGUUGCGGUUGCAUCUGCUUUAUUAUUCGACGACACUUGUGUAUCUUAAUUCAUCUCUCAAUCCUUUGGUCUACUGCUGGAAGAUGCGAAACAUUCGACAAGCUGUUAUCAGUGUACUUCGCAAUAUCUUUCAAGGUCAGUAA